UGCGUGGCCCCUCCUGUGACUUGCGAGCCCCACCGCGGUGCGCUUCACCCGAGGUUACAUUCAGGCGUUCAAGGCAGGGCAGCAAUUCCUCACGGCGUCUGAUCGAGGAGCUGGUGACGAAGGCAGGGUAGCUGCAGCGCAUUCCGCGGAGGAUUGAUUUGGCGUUGGUCUGAUUGCCUCCGCGGCGGACAUAGCGAGGCCACCUGCAGACAGACACAGACGCGAGAGGGACGGGCACUGGACGGGGGCGAGAACGGGAGAAGGGGCACCACUGAGACCACUUCUGCGUACCCUGAGUCCUGUUGAGUCCUGCACGUGGCACUGGAGGCUCUCUGAGUAGUACAAUAAUUGAUAAAUACCAACACCAGAAAUUGAAGGAUGAUCAAGCGACUUCUCUACCUUACUUUUCUAGUGUCAUUAUGGAUUGGUGGAAUUGCCCUGAAAACAGUGGUGGUGGGAGCAGUGGUGACCCUGUUUGUGGUGUAUAUCAUUGUUCCUCUUCUCUUCCACUAUUCUCCCUCACUGCAGCGGCACAUUGUUUUCCUCAACUUCUUGAAUGUGCCAAAAGUUGACUACAACUUGCCAGAGAAUGAAGGCUUGCCAGGAACUCGUAACUUCUAUUUACAAACAGAGAAAAAUGUCAGUGUUGGUGUCUGGCAUAUCUUACCGGAAUCCCUGGCUCACUCAGCCCCUGAGAAGGGCUCCCCAGACUAUGAGGACUGGUUUAUUAAGUCCCUCUCUGACCAUCAUCCUGUGAUCCUCUACCUGCAUGGCAACACCUCAUCCAGGGCGACAGCUCAUAGGAUUGAACUUUACAAUGUUCUCAGAAAAAUGGAUUACCAUGUUGUAGCUUUUGAUUAUAGAGGUUAUGCUGACUCCUCCCGGGUGCAGCCCAAUGAGCCUGGUGUGGUGCAUGAUGCCAAAGUUGUGUACAGAUUUAUUCGUGAGCGGUGUGGGUCCUCUCCACUCUUUGUUUGGGGCCACUCCCUUGGAACAGGUGUGUCUACCCAUGCUGUCCGGGACCUGUGUCUUGAAGGAGACUCCCCAACAGCACUGGUGUUGGAGUCACCUUUCAAUAACAUUAAAGAUGAGAUUAAAUUUCAUCCACUUUCUUCAAUAUUUCGCAAGAUGCCAAAGUUUGACUGGCUCUUUCUCAAGCCAUUAGCAUCAUCUGGCAUUGACUUCCGGAGUGAGGAGCACAUCACACACGUUGCUGCCCCGGUUCUUAUUCUUCAUGCUGAGGAUGACCUUGUGGUGCCUUUCACCCUAGGAAAGAAGCUGUAUGAAACAGCUCAGAGAGUGCGUCCUCAAACUGCUCCACCUGUGAAGUUCAUAGAUUUUGCUGCAAAGUUUGGAUAUGCACACAAAUUCAUCUGCCGUGCUCCUGAACUGCCUGACAUUCUCAGGGACUUUUUCAGCAAAGCAGUGGAAAUGAAGAACUAAUUCUGUUCAUCAAAGGUUGCAACACUUGUAUUUUGAUAGUAUGUUUAGCAUAACAUUUGUAUAGUGUUAAAAGAAUUAGAGGGACCAACAGGUAGAAAAUUUGGGGCAGAAUGUAUUUAUGAAUUAGAUAUUUUAUAAAAACAACUAGUAUUAAAAAGUAUUUAUGAUUACUUGCUAGACUUAGACGAAACAAGACUUGUCCCACCGAAGGCACUUACUCCAAUAACCUGCAUAAAACCAUAAAAUAAAAGUGAAAUAGAAACUACACUGAUGCACACACUUUUUUCACAUGUUGAAGCUUAUAGUGGAUUUAAGUGGCUUUCCCAUUCAUCAAAAAGAAUAUAUAUAUAUAUAUAUAUAUAUAUAUAUAUAUAUAUAUAUAUAUAUAUAUAUAUGAGAGUUACCAUAGAAGCAAAGCUGUUAUUUUCAAGGAGAUUUGAACUGUUAGGGGUAGGGAUAUUGAUGACAGGAAGUUGAGAUUCCUCUACACUUUUUGGUUGAGCCCUGAUGGUUCCCAGUUGCAGUCUCUUAGCUUUGGUAUGAAUGUGAUGUAUGUGGGCUGGUCCCUGGAGAAGUGAAUGGGUAAGCAUCCCAAAAGGAAAAAAUGACAGAAGACCCAUGUUUAGUGCAUAAUUAAGAUAUGCAUGGAGAAAGCAGGUUUACUUAUUGUUAUCAGUCAGUAUUGUAAAGGCAGAGUGCCAAGCAGAGUAUUCAUUAGAAUCUUCAGGGAAGUAUUUUGUUGCUGGUGCUAGAUUAGUUUUAAACUAUAGGCAGUGGGUGAAAGGAGUUUGUUGAAAUUGUAACAAUAGCUAUUUUCUUGAGAUUGGUAAUAAAUGCAUAAAGAGAAGAGGAUAGUACAGUAAGUAAUGCAUAAAGAGAAGAGGAUAGUGCAGUAAGUAAUAAUAGGAAAGUGCCUGAGGCAGUGGAACAUUGAAAGAACAAACUUUGUGUGAAAUGUAGAGCUGUAGAUUAAGAUAGGAAUAUCCUGAGGUUAUGUAUCCUGAGAGCAUAUACUUCUAAAUAGGAUGAAAAAAAAGCUAUAGUAGAAAAUGUUGCAAACAUGAUAAAUGUUACUCUAGGGGACAUUCCUGCCACAGCUCUUUGACAACUCCCUGGAAGAGAAAAAGGUAUCAGAGGUAAAAAAGACCAAGUAGUAGUUCAGCUGCAGGUUCAGUACUGAAUUAUACAUUUGUUAGCAUAGCACUGAGGAAAAUCCUUACUUUUCCAUGUUGAUUAAUAAUGUUACUCUACUUAAAAUUGGAGAUGCACUUAACAUCAUUUGCUUUCUCAUCCAUUAAUGGCAGUUGUUCUUACUUCCCUUAAUCAUUGAUUGUAAGAAAUUUGUUGAAACAAAGAAGGUAUAAGAAAUAUGUCAGUUACUUUGCAGUUAAUGAUUCUGGCAAUUAAAUAACUGUAAUGUAUAAAAAUAUGUAACAGUAGACAUAAACUUUAGCUUGAAUAUAAACUAAGUGUUCUUCAUAAUAGUUUAGUUUAAUUGUGAUUUAAAUAACAAAUCCUUAUUAUAGAAUUUUGUAAUUUUAUUUUAAUAGAGUUCAUUAUAAUGGAAUGGGAAAUAAUACUUAUAUUGUGUUUUGGUUGUCAUUUCAUGUAAUAUAAGCAUUUUCAAAAGUUUUAUUUGUUUUAUAGAUAUUUAAAAAAAAAACAGAACAACAACUGUGACAAUUUCUAAUUUGUUGUUAGAAAACUGAUAACAGAAAUUACAAAUGUUUGCAGUAUGGGAAUAGUUUUGGAGUGUCAGCAGAGCUUUUUGAUCCUGCAUUGUUGACUGUGAGAGUGAAGAAAGUGAGGUGCUGCUGUAGUUGACUAAUACCAAAGAGUCUUGUCUUUUGUGGAGCAGUUUGCUACUGCAGUUGGUGAUAAUGACUGAAAGAUAUAUUUUGUAAGGCAGUAAGAGGCUGGCACUGAUCAUGGUGUGCGACUCAUUGAUGGCCUGUUUUUCUAUGCAUUUGUUAAGGGACUAUUCAGGGUAAAAGUGAGUACAGUAUCUUCUUGAAGAUACCACUUUGUAAAAUUUUCUAUGAAAAAAAAGGUUCUGUGAUGUGACAGCAUGUCAGGAAUUUCAUAAGUAUUAGCUGAUGCAUGUACUUUUAGAUCUAGCCAUGUGCUGCUUGGCCAUUGAAUUGAAUAGUCAUGACGACAUAAUUUCAGUUUCUGGAUCUUAGAACUAACUUGCUUAUUCACUUAGUGUUCCUUAUGCCAUACAUAAAAGAGGAUUUCUGUUUGCAAACUCUGCACAGUGUAGAAAACCAGCUGUUUUUCCAACAAUUUUUCAUUCUUUCUUUUAAUUUUCUGUGACAUUGGCAUUGCCAUUGGAACCCCCUCAAAAAAAAAAAAGUCUUGCAAGAACAAUAGAGGCAUAAGAAGAAAGAGAUAUGAAGAAGAAAAGUAAAUGUGCCUGGUAACAUUCUGUUCCCAAGGCAUGUCUUUAGUCCUCCUGCAAUUCGUGAGGGGUGUUACUACCCAUUCAUUUGUGACAAACAUGCAUUUUGUGAAUGGUAGUGACAUUUAUGCAUUCACUGCUGUGAGAGAGCUUAGUGAUAAUAAUGGCUUAUAUUAAAGUGAAAAAGUUACUGAAAACAAGAGACUGCACAAUUCCUUGGAAGAUGAUUGCUUUAUAGUUGAUGAUGAGUUGUGUGGAGAUACUCCUGCAAUGCUUGCAGGAGUAUCUCCACACAACUCAUCAUCAACUAUAAAUGCAAGAAAAAAGUUAGAUAAUGCAGUGCAGACUGUACAGCAGGAUAUGUCUGCAACAAUAUUCACCAGUCUCUGUGCCCAGAAAACACAAUUAUCCUUUAUACAGAUGUAGUAAAAGACCGGCUGAUGGAGACACCUACAUAAGUAAGUGUGAAGAAGCACUUACAGAGCGACAAUUGUCCUCGGCAAGCUUCUAAGUGGAGUACCACCUUGUUUGGUGAACUUUGUAUCCAGUUUUCUCAAAACUAAGUUUUCACAUUUACUCCAGAAUUACUGCACUACUUGUGACUGAUUUUACUAAUUUUUUAGAUCAUUAAUUUACAUAUCAGUAGAUGCAUCAUGUUUAAAGUAGAACAAAAUUCUCUUCAUCUCUUACAUUUUAAAAUUCUACAUUUGCUAUUUUUGUGUUCUGAGUGGAAAAUUUCCCAAGAAACAAACUUUUCAAACAUAAAUGUUUUUUAGACAAAAACUACUCAAAUUUCCUUGUGCAUUGAGUAUCAGACUGUAAAACACUUGGUUUCAAACCAUUUGACUUGCAAGUAUUUACAUUAUGGUGAAAAAAAUAAGGGAUAUGUUUUUGUGUUAUAACAUUAAUGAAGAAAAAUAUUUUUUAGCUGCUUUGGGGCAUCAAAAUGUUAGAAAUAAGAUGCUCAUAUUGAAAAACAUUAAAGCAAGAUUAGUUAGAGAAUACGAAGUGCGAAAAAAAUCUUGAAUGGUCCCUUUUACUGAAUAUUUUUGUAUUAGUUUUCUAUUAUUUUAUUUUAUUUAUUUAUUUUUUUUUAUGAGGCAUUCCACAGUAAAACCACCAAAGCAGCUUAGUAAGUGUUAGCUGAGCAUUCUUCCUACAUGUAAGCGAUGGUUAGAAUGAUUAGCUGAGUUUCAUAACAUUAUGUUGAGCCAGCAAACAAGCAAGUCUUUUCCGUGGCUGCAGCAUGUUCAGCCAUUAUGCUACAGUCCCCUCAUAUUGUUUCUCAAACAGUGACAGGGUGAGAAGUGAGACCAUGAGAUCAUAACAUCAGUCUUCUAAAUAUAAUGGGGAUGUUAUACUGUACUUGUUUCAAGUUGUUUAUGUUAUAACUUGUAUUUCUUAACAGAUGCUUAUUAAAAAAUUAGGUCAUCUUUAUGUUCAGUUUCUAAUUCAUUCACUAUGGACUUGUAUUGAUCUGAUGCUUUGGGUGGUGGGCACACACAGUAUUAGUUCAUUAUGCCACUGUUAGUAAAGAAAUUAAUGUUCUAAUAAUUUCAGUGGUAAUACAAGCAGUAUUCUGAUAAUAGUGACAAGCUUUAUAUUGUCAUGAUUGAGUGUUUACUGUAUUUUGUUUUUGUUGUGUGGUGAUGUUAGCACCUAAAAUUGAUAUCAUGACAUAAGAAUGUAGUUGUACUCAUCAGCCAUUGAUCUUCAAGAUCCAGUAAAUUUACAUCAUAAGAUUUUUUAUUCUUAAAAGAGAACUGUUACAGCUGUAAAAAAAAAUAGAAUGAUUUUUGGGAGAUUCUCCUCUUGCUUGUGUGAAAUAUCCAGUCCAAAAACAGAGGUAGAGGUAAAGUGAGGAAGUUUGACUGGUAUUCUUCCUUACUUAUUUUUAGCACUUAGGAAGUUAUGCUAUUGAAAGCCUGAUAUGCCUUCAUUGAAGUAAAAGUGCCUCUUGUUAUUUUUUGUAUAAUUAUGUGAUUUCUUUUUGUUUAUAUCAUAAACACUUAAACACUUAAACACUUAAACACUUUAUUAUAGCCUAGGUUUAUACAUUUCAUUAUUGGAUAGGUAUACAUUAUUGGCCAGCCUAUGUAUAAGCUUGAUGCUUUUCAGGCAUAUCAUAUGUACAGUUCUUAAGAACAUUCCUUUUUCCUUAGUUGCUCAGGUAUCGUCAGGAUUGAAACUUGUUGUACCUAUGUUUGAAUGAUUUUAGUAGCUUAAAUUCCCACCUGCUUAACUACUUUGGGGAGGAAGAAGUGUGACUCAUCUGUGGUUGGUAACAUAAGUAUGUGUGUGCUGUUUGAGGUCAAAGUGAAAUGGCUUCUCUUGGUGGCAUUUAUGACCACUGCCAGCUUGACUUAGAUGUAAGAAAUAAAACAAAUACUCAUUUAUGAUAUAUAUAUAUAUAUAUAUAUAUAUAUAUAUAUAUAUAUAUAUAUAUAUAUAUAUAUAUAUAUAUAUAUAUAUAUAUAUAUAUAUAUAUAUAUAUAUAUAUAUAUAUAUAUAUAUAUAAUUCAGUUUAAAAAAUAGUAUGAAAAAUCUAAAGACUGUAAUAUUUUGAAAUUCCUCCAAAAAUCAAUAUUUUAGUUUGAUUGAUAUUUUAUAUUUAUGACCAGUGCAUUUUUAUGUAUUAAGAUAUUGAUUUUAUUUGUAAAAGGUUUGAUUGUAAUUCAAUAAUGUUGCCUCAUUUUCUGUAAUGAUGAACCACUAUAGGAUGUCAUUUUAACAUGUGCUGAUUCAAGAAUAUGGACUUAGCGACACUUCUUAGCUGAGUGAAUCUUGUUUUACAUAAAUCAGUGCUGAAAAACAAGUUUGAAGUACAGAACCAUGCUUUAAUGUUUCUGAGAAAGAGGGAAAAAUUAUUAUGAUUCCCACAGUCACACAUCAGACCCCAUCCACAAUAGGGAUUCAGAUAAUUUGCAGAUUCACAUUCCUUGGAAUGAAAUGAUAUUGGUACACCUGACAUAAUGCUCAAAGUAAUGACUAGUGUUGCUGGUGAUGAUAGGUGCUUGUAGUGGAGGUUGGGCUGAUGAGAUGUGAUAGAAAUGUUGGUCAACAGUACCAUCACAUAUUGUGCUUUCUUCCUGGGAUUACAGAAUGAAUGGUGGUGAAUAAAGAAAAAAAAAUCAAUAAAAAUCAGGAAGAUUUUUCUAAGGGAAUUAUAGCAAAAUGUGUAUUUAAUUUUUAAUUUACAUCUUUACUUUGGUGAUGCAUAAGUUCUUUUUCAUAUAGUGGUCAGAUUCUAAUUGUAUGCAUAUUAAAUGCAUUUCACUAAUUAUGUGUUGUAUAGUGUCUAGUGCUUAUGCAUAAUACAUGUACAUAUGUAUUGGUAUCUGCACUGUAUACAAUGUACACCACUGCAUCAGUAGUGCAUCAUGUUUUGUUACUGAUAUCAUAAUUUUUAGUAUGCACCUGCACACAAACUGAAAUUUACUUAUUUCUCAUUCAGUGUUUGCUUCAUAGUCAUGUAAUUAGUUUCAGUUGAGGGAAUGAGUACCAUCUUAAUAAAACAAAGCCGACAUUUUGUAGGAAAAGUCUUUUUUUGGGGGGGAUUCAUUGUAUGCAGGAUAAGGUUUUAUAGUCUCCUCAGAUAGGAGUGCAUCUUAUUCACAAACUAGAGUAUGUGCACAUCUACAUGUUUUCAGAAAUCAGUACCAAAAACUUUUGUGUUUUAUUGUCAGAAUAACCAAAAGAAUAAUUGAAAAUAUUAUCAUGCAAUCAAGAAAGUGUCAAUUGCUGGUGAGGCUAAGCAUGACAAAGCUUGGUUUUAACUGGAAUAAGAAAGCAUUUGUACAUAGUAUAAUGUGCAUAGUACAUUUGUAAGUAGGAAACACUAAAGUUUAUGGCAAAUAUACUUUGUUUUUCACCAUAUUCUAAACAAAGAGAUAAGUGACUAGUGUAUCAUAAUCCCUUUUUUUAUCUAUCUAUUUAUUUAUUUUAUUUUAUUAUUUUUAUUGUAGAAGACAGGAUUAUUAUGGUAGAUGGAGGGUCAGUGGGGAAAGGCAUCAAACAAGCCAAUGCAGUGUUGUACAGUUAGUACAUAAAUAAAUUAUUCAGUAAAGAUAACUUAUUAGAUGAGCGUAGAGUUGAUAUUGAACAUCCUUCCUUGGAACUUAUCUUGCAUUUGGUUACCUUCUUCUGACAUGUUUGGAAGAUAAAGACUGAAACUAGUUAGAAGAAUUUCUUGGAUGAGAAAAAUCAGUUAAAAAUGAAUUGCUUGUUAGAAUAACACAGUCAGCUUUAAAAGUAUGUACAGUUUCUGUCUGUAAUGAUAAAGUACUCAUUUCAUCAAACUUCUUUUCUGAUAAUUGGGCAAGAAAAUUCUGUGUUUGAAAUAAGUUUAGACUAAAAUAGCUCAAUGUUGUCCCUCAAUACUUUCCUAGCAGUAGCAGCAAGGGAUUGUGUUACAAAAAAAUAGAGUAAAGGAUGUCGUAUCAACUGUGUUCUUGACUUAACUUGCUUUUAGUAUACCUUCUCCAUAUUAAUACAGUGAUACAAUUGCUCAAUGUUCAGUGCAUUAGCAGUUAGGAUCAGAUUUAUCACAGUAUUUUAUUUUUAGAGGGCAAAUUAAAGUCAAUGUAAGAGGAUAUUUUAUUAGGUAUGAAAGAUCCAAUAUUUGGAUUUUUUCUUUUUUUCUUUACUGCUGUAUCAUUCUUCAGGUCUAGUCUCAAUGUGUAGUCAAGUGAACAUACUGAAAUGUAUAUAUUAACCAAUAGUCAUCCGUUCCUUAAUCAGACCACACCGUGUAACAUUUAACAGAAGGAUGAAAAUCAUAAUAGUUGUGUUCAUUGUUAGCUUGGAUCAGGAUCCAUGCAACUUUUCCACUGUUUUGUAUGCUAGGUGUGUGUAUUUACCUAGUUGUAUCUUACAGGGCAUGAGCCAAAGCUCAUUUUGUCCUGUCUCCAUAACCAUAUCUAUCCAGUUUCUCUUUAAACAUUUGUACACUGUUUGCUACAACCACCUCUUCCUUCAAAUAAUUCCAGAUUUCAGUAGUUCAAUACGGGAAGCUGUAUUUUUUUAUGUGGCUUGAACAUCCACUCUUCUUUAUUUUCUUCCUAUGCUCCUCGUCUGUCUCUCUCUCUUCUCCACCUGUGGUACCAAGUCGUUUCUGUCUAUUCUUUCUAUGUUUACUAAUUUGUACACUGUUAUCAGCUCUCCUCUUUCUCUUUCUUCUUGUAGUGUUGGUAAUCCCAUCUCUUCAAAUCUUUUUUCAUAGCUUAAGUCUUUCAAUUCUGGCACCAUCUUUGUCACUAUCCUCUGUAUUCUUUCCAGUUUUCGUAUAUCUAUUUUUCUAUGUAGAGCCCAAACUACUGCUGUGUAUUCCAAUUUAGGUUGUGUCAUGCUUGUUAUAAUUUUCUUCAUCAUUUCUCUAUCUAAAUAGUUAAAUGCCACCCUAAUGUUUGUUAACAAGCUGUAUGUAGAGCCAAAUAUUCCAUUUAUGUGCCUUUCAGAUGAUGUGUAUCCUGGAUCAUUACUCCCAAAUAUUUUCCUUCAUUACUUUUUGUUAUUAUUUCUCCUACCAUUUUGUACUUACAUAAAGGUCUCUUUUUACUUUUUCCUAUUUACAUCAAGUGGCAUUUUCUGGCAUCAAAUUUCAGUUUCCAUCUUUGGCUCCAUGCAUGGAUCUUGUCAAUAUCCUUUUGUAACUCCUUGUGGUCAUUUUCAUAUUUUAUUGUUUUCAUUAUUUUUGCAUCAUCAGUGAAAAGGUUUAUAUAACUAUUUAGAUUCACUUUGAUAUCAUUUACAUAUAUUCGAAACAUAAUAGGUGUUAACACCUUGCAGUACUCCACUUGUCACUUCGUGCCAACUUGAAUUAGUGUCUCUAAUUACUGUUCUCAUUUCCCUCCCUUGAAAAUAAUCAUCCAUCCAUCUCAGUGUUGCUCCCUUUAGUCCUCCUUCAUUCUCUAACUUCCACAUAAGGCUUUUGUUGGGAACUUUAUUAAAUGCUUGUUUUGAGAUCCAGGUAUACUGCAUCAAACUGUCCAUCCCACUCUUGCACUCCAUCUAUUACUCUCAUAUAAAAGCUCAGUAUAUUUGUGACACAGGAUCUCCCUUUCCUGAAUCCAAAUUGAUUUUCUGUAAUUAUCUUUUCAUCUUCUAAAUAUUGCACCCAUCUGUCUUUAAUUACUAUUUCACAAACCUUGCUUACAAUACUUGUCAGUGGCACUGGCCUGUAAUUUAAUGGUUCCAUUUUAUUUCCCCCUUUGUAUAUUGGGACUGUUUUCCAUUCCCUUGGUACUUUUCCUUCUCUCAAUGAGCUGUUAAUUAUAUCCCAUAUAUGGAUUAUAUAUAUAUGGAUUCCUCCAUUUGUUCUCUGCAUCCUUUUAAUCCUUCCUUUUACUUGAUCUGAUCCCAUAGCUUUUCUAACAUCCAGCUCUUCCAGCAGUUUCUUGAUUUCUUGUCUCUUUACUUGUAUCUUCUAUAUUCUCUCAUUGUGAUACCACUUUCAGUGCUACAAAAUCAGUUUCCUUUGUAAACACAGAUUGAAAAUUCUCAUUCAUUAGUUCAGUCAUCUCCUUAGUAGUUUCAUAAAUUCUUCCUUCUCUUUUUAACUUGUUUAUAUCAUCCCUAUGUUUCAUUUUUCCAUUUAUGUAUCUAUAGAAGAGUUUGGGCUCUUCCUUGCAUUUUUUUACUAUGUCACUUUCAAAAUUUCUUCUUAUUAUUUUACUAUAUUCAUUCCUUGCCUUUCUGUAUUCUUCCUUAGUAUUUCUGUUGAGAUUUCUCAUAAUUUUUCUCCAUGCCCUGUCCUUUUUCUUUUUUGCUUCUGCACAUUACUUCUGCAUACCUGGCAUUAUACCAUUCAUGCUUUCUAGUUUUCACUUUAUAACAUGGCACAAAUUCUUGCACCCCCUUUCUAUAUUUGCUCAAAAAUAUCUCAUAUUUUCUUGCACUACUUUACCUACAAAUAGCUCUUCCCAGUUAAUUUUUUCAUAUAAUCUAUUAAGUUCUGCAGAGUUUGCCUUAGCAUAGUUCUGUCUCCCAUUUAUAAAUUGUUCAUUUUUUGUGGAACACUGUUUCCUCCUGUAGUACUGUUUUUAUUGUCACAUGAUCACUUCUUCCCAGUGGACUCAGACAAUGUAUACUUGGUUUACUUGGGUUUUUGUAAACGUGAAAUCCAACUGUGAUGGUUCUUCUUCUCCUUUGCAUCUUAUAGGCUUGUUCACCCACUGCUUCAUUGUAUUCACCAUCAUGGUUUGCAUAAGUUCUUCACUCCAUGACCCAAUAUUUUCUUUCACUUCCAUUUCUCAGUUAAUUCCCUUUGUGUUGGAAGUCACCUACUAAGAAUACUUUGUUACUUUUCCUUAUCAUUUCUUCUAUGCUAUUUCUUGUUCCUAGUUGCAUUAUUUUAUAUCUAUUGGUCACCCAUGCAUUAGGUUUUGGUGGUAUGUAUGUCACAAUAACUUUCCUUUUUGUGCAACAUUCAGAGUUUCUGCCAUUCCAUCACUAUAUUCCAUUUCCUCAACAAUAUCCUUUUACCAAUACCAUCACUCUUCCUCCUCCCUUUCUUUUUCUGUUUCUCAUCUAUGUGCUAUAAUCAUCCUUUGCAAACCUCAUCUUUAUUUCCUCCCUUAGUUUGGUUUUCAUUAAAAAUACCACGUCUGGUUUAUUGUUCUUCAGGUUGUCUUUAAGUUCCAAUAUGAUUGACACCAAACCAUCUAUAUUUAUACGAGUAUACAUAAUUUUUAAGCUUCCACUUGCUGAUUGUCCAUCGCAUCUUUGUGCCACCAUUUCUUCACAUUCAUGUCCACAAAUUUCCAAAUGAAUCUCCUCGUUUGUUCCUGUGUUCCCUCCUUGUUUUUUGACUGGGCCUCUACUCUCAACUCUUUCAGUUUACUUCUCUCUUCUUUGUUCAUGUCUCUUUUUUAUCCAUAUUCCCCCCAUUCCUUCAUGCCAAUUUUCCUGUUCUUUGUAACACAUGUUCCACUGCUCUGUGUGUGUGUGUGUAAUAAAUCAGGUUGUCUGAUGGAAUUAAUCAAUAUAGUGUACUCAUUUUCAAUACUGCCAAGUAUUUCUUGCUUGUGGUUACACAAAACAUUAAUGCUAUUGACUGCUGCAGUUUUUUUUUUUGUUCAUUUGGUGAGAUUUCAUAGUUGAGAGAGGCAUACCUUUGAUUAUCUAAAAACAGAAAGUAGAAUUAAACACUGAAGUAUAGAUUCCCUUCUACAUAUAUGUAUGUUAAAGAAAACCUAAUUUCACUGUGUUAAAAAUAGGAAAUCACGAAAUUUGUUUAAAACCUAUAAUAUAAUUCUAGAUACAAUUGGUCCUUGCUUCUUAUGAGUAUGAUUAUUAUUUUUAUUUUUAUUUAAUAAACUUUGGUGACUUUUUUUGCAUUGCCAAGCACAUAAUGGCAUGAAUUUGUGUACCACCACAUCCAGUGACUCUGUUACUAUUCAUAAUGGCAUGGCACUAUUUACCACCACACUCACCACAUCUAGUCAUACUAUGGCAGCACUCUCAACAUAAAUGUCACAGAAACUAAGUUUUUUGAUGAAUAGAGUCCAUGGGAAGAGGAAGAUUUUAAGAACUUCUAAGUAUUAACCAUGACUGGAUCAUGAGCAGUAGAUGCCACCAUGCUUCACAGUGAAGAGCUCAUGACAGUUGAUUCAUAAAUUUAUUUUGUGUUACAAAUAAUUGAUCAGUUUAUACCAUUCUCUCACACUCGUGCCACAUUCAACACUAAUUUAUCCUGAAGUUCAUCCAUGAAGUUCAGAUCUUUGAAACUUUUCUUCCUUAAAGAGGGUACUGCCGAUUUUUUAAUGGAACAGUGGACUCUUGUGAAUGAUGGAAGCAGUAAGGACUGAAUGGCACAGGCUAGAAAAAAUAAAGAAACACUCAACAUUGAUGAAGCCACAUGAAUUUCUUUAUAUUGGUGGAAAGCAUUGUGCUUUCCUUCUGUAGCUGUGUGGGGCACCAUAUGUAUAUUGACAUUGGUUUUCACUGAAAACAAAAUGCUGAAAUAGUAUUCAGAUGUCAUAGUUUCAUGAAGCAAAACAGUCUUCAUUUUUCACACCCCCAACUCACCUCUCAUCCCAGCCCACUGGUAUUCUAUGUUCAUGUAACCAAAGUAUGCAUUUCACAUUAAAUUGAAACUAAGUGUGAUACAGUCAAUAAUGUUUUAUAUUAUUUACAUGAAAAUGUGAAGAUAUUCAUGUUUCUUCUUGUUUGGAUUUUUUUUUUUUUUUUUUUCUCAAGAAAAUAUGAUGUACAGUGGCCUUUGAAGACUUGAAUCUUAUAUAUGUAGAAUAUAGAUUUAUAAGGCUAAUGCUUCCAGUAUGAUAUAAGGUUUGACAUAAGAAAACAUUGCUGUGUCAGCCAUCAUGCAGCAUGUGGAUAAGAGAACGAGGUGAGAUGCUGGUGGAAAUAUUGUGUGCACUAAAAUCAACAUAUUGUGGACUGAUUAUUUUUUAGGUUUGUGUUACACAUUGUUGAGGUGUUUUUGGAUGAAAAUUAGUCAAUUAAUCUUAAGAAAAAUUUAAUCGGAAAGCUAAGUGAAUGCUUAUGUAUUAGUAUUUUAGGAUUUAUUAAAAGCAAUACCAAACUUUUCCACAUGUUAUAGUAUGACAGGCUUUUGCAGAAAUGAAUGGGAGGAAGAUGGUGUAUGCAGAACAGAUGAUAAACAUACUCUUGGUUAACAAAUGUGAUCUUGUUUAAAGGAAUAAGACCAUAGAUCUUAAGAGACAGGAGAUAUGAGUGUCUUGCCUCCCUCCCCUGCCCCUAUCACCAUGCUAAGCUAAGCUGAUUCAUCACCACCUUGACCUCUAAUUGACAGAGUUGCUUUUGUAUGUAUAUCCUGUUUGUUUGAUUUCAUGGUUUAGUGUCUGUGUGUAUGUGUGUACACAUAAUUAUAAUUAACUUCUUAUUUAACAGUAAAUUUGUAUUAACCUAGCAGUUUUGCUGAUUGAUUUGAAAUUACCUGCUAAGACAUGGCUUUAAUUGUGUGUGUAUUUUUGGGAAGUGGAUGCGGGUUUCAGUGAUGUAGAACUUUUUACCAGUGUUACUUGAAAUUUGUUUCUUUUAGGUAUUAAAAAGAAGUUUGAUAAUUACCAUAUAUAUGAGAUGUGAAAAUUUAGCAAUAUAUUAACAUGAAAAUAAAUAAUUGUGUAGA